AUGGCAGACGAGCCGCAAUCGCAACCGCAAUGGCGAACAAAUCCUCCGACACUUUUUCCUCAUGCCUCAUCACAAGCCCCAGCACGCUCGUCGUCAUCAUCCGAAGCCAAAAAUGAGGCUUCGAAACCGGCAGCGGUACAACGCGACGAGCAGGGGAAACCAUACGUCCUAGACAAGGAUGGGAAACCAUGCCGCCUCUGUACUUCCGCCGCCGCCUGGCGCAACCUAACAAAACAAACCAAAGCCUCAAGCGCCGCCGCCGCAUCCACCACAACAGCGACGCAACCCCAAGAAACAAUAUCCCAAAGCACCGGCCGCGGAACCACGAAGCCUGAAUGCCCUCCCGACGUUGAAGUCCUUGGGCGCUCCACCUGGACCCUUCUGCACAGCCUGACAGCAACAUACCCCGAGAAGGCGUCAGCAAGCGAACAGGCCGAUAUGCGGUCGUUCCUGACGCUGCUGUCGAAGUUAUAUCCAUGCUGGGUGUGCGCUGACGAUUUCCGCAACUGGAUGGCGGAGCCAAGUGGGAAGAACCAGCCGCGACUUGGCGGGCGCAAAGACUUCGGAAAUUGGAUGUGCGAGGCGCAUAAUGAGGUGAACCGGAAGCUUGGCAAGAAGGAGUUUGAUUGUAGGCUUUGGGAGCAGAGGUGGAAAGACGGGUGGAAGGAUGGGAGGUGUGAUUGA